AUGAUUAAUAUAAAAAAUGGAAUAAAGGUCGCUCUAGGAAUGACCAAAAGGUAUUACACAAAUAAUGGGAGAGGAAUGCUAAAGGAAUAUGUAUAUACAAAAUAUCGAAUUAGUUUACCACAUAUAGAUAAUGUAAAAUAUGAUGACCUAUAUUUAUCAAGCCCAAAUAAAGAAGACUUAUAUGUUUUUACAAAAAAAAUUCCAAUAUUUUUAAGAUAUCUAAAAUUAAUAACAUCAUUAGAAAAUCGUAAUAAUGAUUUUGUUGAAUUUGCAAGAAGGUGUGAAAAUGGAUUAACAAUAGAAAAAGAUAUAUACUUAACAAAAGAAGAACUAAUACAUUUAAUGUUCAUAAAUGGAUAUACACAAAAAGAAACAAAUGCUCUAGAUUUAGCAUUUAAUAAUAAUUAUCAAUUUCAUUAUCCUGAAAUUGCAAUAUUAUUUGAUUUAAAUGAAGAAGAUGUUUAUAAAUUCUGUUUAAAAAAAAGAAGUGAAAAUCCUGAAACUUUAUUUCAUUUAAAAUAUUUUAAAGAAAAAAAUAUGCUAUCAUCAUAUGGUUUAAUAUUUGUAUUUUUAUAUUUUGGUCUAAAUAAUGUUGUAUUAAGUAAUGCUUGGUUCCUUUCAAAAACUAUUCCAUUCUUUUCAGUAUUUUAUAUGCUAGCUUCCUAUUUUUAUAAAGAUAUAUGGAAUUUUAUAAAUAAAGAAAAAAAUUUAAUGAUAGAACAAAAUAUCCAAAAUAAAUUACUAGCAGAAGAUAUAAUUUAUAAUCAAUUAAAAUUAUUUUCAAAAGACACAGAAUGUAGUUCCCAUUUAAAACAUUUUAAAGAAUAUUGUAAUGUCUUAAUUAAAUAUUAUAGAAAAGCUUUUAUUAAUGAAAAUAAACAAAAUAUACAUGAACAUUUGGAAAAAAAAUUAAAUGAAAUAUAUAAUUCUGAACAGCAAUAUAAAAAUUCAUUAAAAAAUAUAUUAAUUACAGAAAUUAUUAAAAAAACUUAUGAACAUGUUCAGAAUGAUCAGAAUUUUUAUAAUGCUAUAUUAAAUGAUAGUAUAAACAAUAUUCAAAAUAAUACUAAUAAUGAUACAUUAGUUAAUUAUGUUAAAACGCAAAUAAAUUUUGUUAAAAAUGAAAAUAAUAAUAAUCCUAUUGUUAAAAAUAUACUUAAUCAAUAUGAAUUAAAAAAAAAAGAUUAUUUAAAUCAGUAUGUAGUACACAAAGAUGAACUUAAUGCUAUUAAAAAUAUUAUUACAAAAUGCGGUCAUGAUAUUACUAAAUUAAAUAAAGAAGAUUAUGAUAAUCUUAUCAAAUUAUAUACUAACAUAAAUAAUAGAUUUGGUUUUUAUGUAAAUGAUAAUGAUAUACCAUUAAUAAUUCCUAAAGACGAUGAAGCAAAAAAUUUAACUGAAAAUAUUAAUUUUAUUAUACAACAAUCGAAUAAAUUAUUCCAUGAAAAAAAACUUGUCUCAUUCUUAAAGUCUUUCCAAUGA